CAGCCAAGCACCCUUUCUCCUAGGCGCCGAUCAUUCAAUAGCUUCGGCUGCCUCCGAGUCGUCAAUCCUCCUCUGCUCCCGUCCCGCGCUGUCGCCAUUGCCGCUUUGGGGGCGCUUGGCGCGUUGAGGUUGCUGCGCGCUACCGAUUGCUAGCAGCGCGAGCAGCGCCGAGAGAAGAGAAGAGAAGAGAGGAGAAGAGAGGAGAAGAGAGGGAUGGACGCCGUGCAGGACGCGGUGGCUGCGCCCGCAGAGCCGCUGCUCGCGUCCUCGCUCGUCGACGCGGCGGCGCUGGGCGACGUCUUUGAUAGCCUGGGUUUCUCUGCCGUGUCUGCUACGGCUCGUACUCGUGUUCUGAGAACCGGUACGAGCAGUCUGGACCUCGCGCUUGGUGCUACGCUGCAGAGUGGCAGAGUCGUCGCGCUCAGCAGCGAGAUAAGCAGCCAGCGCGACGCCCUAGCGCAGUCGCUGAUUGCUGAUUGUCUUGUUACUGGACCGGAUAGGGGGGUUGCGAUUAUUGAUACGAUGGGGAACUUUGAUGUGGUCGGGUUGUACACGCGGAUGCUAAGGCGUUUGGAAGACGAGCCAAGGAGGGUAGCGGAGAUGGGGGAAGAGGUGGAGGGAGAGAGUGAGGCGCAGAGGAGGGAGAGGGUCGCGGCCGCGGCGCUGGAUCGUGUGAAGAUAAUGCGGGUGUUUGACUUUGUGGGCGUGAGAGAGGCGGUGAGCGAGCUGAGGGACGGACUCGAGGGGCGGGCGGAGAAGGGGGAUAAAGGCAUCACAUCAGUGGACAAAGCUGUGCCGGACGAGAAGCCCCCGCCGCAGAAAAGAACAGAGAUCGCAGACAGCGAAGACGAAGAUGACGACCUCGACACGUCCGGCGACGAAAUGCUCUUCGACACGGCACCGCCUCCAAAACCCGCACCCGAAAUCGCAGCCAUACCCCCGGCCCAAACCAACCCCCCUCCGCGCCUCAACCUCAUCCUCAUCGACAACCUCGCCCACGUCCUCACCCCCCUCCUCAAAAAAGACUCCGUCUCCGCCACCACCCUCGCCACCACCUUCCUCCCCACCCUCUCACACCUGACACGCACCCACGCCCUGCACACGCUCCUCCUCAACCCCUGCACAACCCCCCGCGCCCCAUCACCACCACGACAGGUCGCCCAGUCAGCCCAGCAACAGCAGCAGCACGCCCCUACGCAGACCUACGCGCCCCAGCCCCCACCGCCGCCGUCGGUAUUUUCGUCCAGCACUGCAGUGCCGGUGUUGCUAGGCUUGCUGGCGCGCUAUGCGGACGCGCAUGUCCUGGUGACGAGGGUGCCGAGGGGGAAGAUGGAUGCAAGGGUGUUUUAUGCGGAAGAUGGGGGCCGGGAACGGGGGAAGAAGAGGGGGGUUAGGAUGGUGGAUGUGCUUGAGGUUGUUGCGGAUCGGUGGGGGGAGAGAGUGGGUGCUUGGGGGGUGUUUGAGGCGGAGGGGGGGAGUUGAGAGUGUGUGAUUA